GUUGGAGCUGCUCUACGACCUGCGGCUUUCCGCUGCGUCGGUGCUGCGUCUGCUGUGCGCAUGCGAUGCGCUUUUGGCACAUCGGCGCUCCGAAGAAACGAGAGCUCGACGCCGGGUGAGCUUGGGGUUGGAGAGCUGCAGGGCGCAUCGUUCCGCAUUGAGCCUCUGCGGAGGGUUGGCGAGGAUGAUUCGACUAAGCGAGCGAGACUUUUAUACCAGUCUCGGAAGCGCGGAACCCUCGAGUCGGAUCUUUUACUGUCUACGUUUGCGUCCCAGAACCUCCCGACGAUGACAUCUGAGGAACUCGAGCAGUACGACCUCUUUCUCGACGAGAACGAUUGGGAUAUCUACUACUGGGCGACGCAGCGGGAGCCCAAUUCUACGACGAACCCCUCCGUGACGGCGAGUCCGGCGAGUGCGUCUUCGAGUGCUGAGUUUGAGGCGCGGAAGCAGGACGAGCUGCCCAAGGAUCCGCCAAAGGGGGAGUGGGCGCAGACGGUGGGCAAUUUCAAGCCUGCGUAUAGGCCGGUGCCGAAGAGGUGGAAGGAUAGCCAGAUUCUGGAGAAGUUGAGGGCGCAUGUUAGGCACAAGAGUGUGAAUGGGGGGGAGGGCACGGGAAUGGCGUUCAUGCCGCCUUUGGAGUCAUGAUUGGGAUAUACAGGGGAGAGGUGAAAAAAGAGAGAUGUGUAAAAUGUAAUGAUAGGGUUCACAGUUCUGUGAAAUGUGUACAACAAGCUCUUGCGAUUAUGGGAUGUCGCAGAUAGAAUAAAGGAUCAUGCAUCUUUCUGUGUUG